AGCAUUCAUAUCUGUUUAGGCAGUGAGGCCUAAAUUUAGCAAGCUUUUGGUUUACAUGCUAACUCCAUUAAGAUGCAAUAGCAAAAUACCAAAAAACCAUUAAAUAUAAGUAAUACCCACAAGCAGGGAGAUUAGGAGACAUAUAUUUUGAGUAGAAGAAGUAUCCUAAUGCCAUUAAAAUUUACAAAUGGCUUAGGAUUUAAUCCUUGCUACUUCCCAAGGAAUUCGUUUCAAAAUCCAAAAAAUAGUGGUCAUGCACAAAUCAGGUUAGGCAAACAAAAAAUCAAAGAGCCCAUCAACACAUACGAAUUAAUCAACAACUUAUCUGAUUUUCCAAAUGGGCUUAAUCUGAUGAUUUGUUUGAUUUAAGUGGAAAUAUGAAUCAAAUG